AUGGACGCUCAAUCCGGCAGUUCUUCCUCUGCGAAGCGGCCAAAGGUUCAACAACGUAGACCGCAGGCCCUUGCCGAUUCAAGAUCCGCCUCUUCCUCUGCACAGCAACCCAAAGUUCAGCAGCCAAAGCCGCAAGCCCUUCCCAAUCGAUCCGCUACUUCAGCGAUACUUGUGUCGACACGGCAGAAAGGGAAUCCAAUUUUAAGCCACAUCAAGCUUCUUCCCUGGGAAUAUGCCGAUAUCCCCGCCGACUAUGUCAUCGGAACAACAACAUGUGCACUAUUCCUAUCCUUGAAAUACCACCGCCUACACCCCGAGUACAUAUACUCACGCCUCCGACUCUUGGCGGGCAAAUACCAGCUACGAAUCGUGUUGGUUAUGGUGGACAUUCCCAACCAUGAAGACCCACUCAAAGAGCUGUCCAAGACAUCCCUCAUUAACAACCUCACCUUGAUUCUAUGCUGGUCCGCCCCCGAGGCCGCACACUACCUCGAGCUCUUCAAAUCCUCCGAAAACGCACAGCCCACCGCAAUUCGUGCCCAACAAUCGCAGUCGUACAAAGAUUCUCUCGUUGAAUUCGUUACGACUCCCCGCACUAUCAAUAAAUCGAAUGCAGCAAGUUUGAUCUCUACCUUUGGAACUCUGCAGAAUGCUGUUAACGCGCAAGCGGAUGUGAUAGGCUCUGUUCCGGGCUGGGGAGAGAAGAAGGUACAGCAAUGGUGCAGAGCUGUACGAGAAGAUUUUAGGGUGGAGUCUACCAAGAAGGCCUUGGCACCUGAAGCAAAUGUUAAGAGUGGAGCAGUGAAGCCUGCAAAGAGGCCACGCGUUGCGGAAAUGAAUGAAGAUGAGGAAGUGCUUCGCGCUGUUCUAGCCGAGAGCCGAGCUAUGGCUGCUGCGAACCAGGAACCCUCGAUGGAACCUCGGCCGGCUAAGGAGUCGGGCAUUGCGGACAUGGACGAAGAUGAGGAAGUGCUUCGCGCUGUGAUGGCUGAGAGCCGAGCUAUGGCUGCUGCAAACCCGGAACCCUUGAUAGAAUCUCAGCCGCCCGAUGAGUUGAGCGAGGGCAUUUCUGCUGCUCUUGCGAAACUGCGAGAUGGUUGA